AAAUUGGUGCGAUGCCCUUUCCCUGUGCCCCCAGGUCCUGGCAUUGAUGUGCCUGCCCCAGACAUGAGCACAGGCGAGCGGGAGAUGUCCUGGAUUGCUGACACCUAUGCUAGCACCAUAGGGCACUAUGAUAUUAAUGCCCAUGCCUGUGUUACCGGUAAGCCCAUCAGUCAGGGUGGAAUCCACGGACGGAUCUCUGCUACUGGUCGGGGAGUUUUCCAUGGGAUUGAAAACUUCAUCAAUGAAGCUUCUUACAUGAGUAUUUUAGGAAUGACACCAGGAUUUGGAGAUAAAACAUUUGUUGUUCAGGGAUUUGGUAAUGUGGGCCUGCACUCUAUGAGAUAUUUACAUCGUUUUGGUGCUAAAUGUGUUGGUGUUGGUGAAUCUGAUGGGAGCAUAUGGAAUCCAGAUGGUAUUGACCCAAAGGAACUGGAAGACUUCAAAUUGCAACAUGGAACAAUCCUGGGCUUCCCCAAAGCAAAGAUCUAUGAAGGGAGCAUCUUGGAGGCUGACUGUGACAUAUUGAUCCCUGCUGCCAGUGAGAAGCAGCUGACCAAGUCCAAUGCACCCAGAGUCAAAGCCAAGAUCAUUGCUGAAGGUGCCAAUGGACCGACAACUCCAGAAGCUGAUAAGAUUUUCCUAGAGAGGAACAUCAUGGUUAUUCCAGAUCUCUACUUGAAUGCUGGAGGAGUGACAGUGUCUUACUUUGAGUGGCUGAAGAAUCUAAAUCAUGUCAGCUAUGGCCGUUUGACCUUCAAAUAUGAAAGGGAUUCUAACUACCACUUGCUCAUGUCUGUUCAAGAGAGUUUGGAAAGGAAAUUUGGAAAGCAUGGUGGAACUAUUCCCAUUGUACCCACAGCAGAGUUCCAAGACAGAAUAUCGGGUGCCUCUGAGAAAGACAUCGUGCACUCUGGCUUAGCUUACACCAUGGAGCGCUCUGCCAGGGUAUGUACACAGAUGCUGUUUGCGUUUCUGGUAGUUACGUGAAGUAUAGCUCAACUGUGUCA